GAAGUUAUUCCUAGAUACCUCAAUACGAACUGUGAAAAGCCUCGAACUAGAGUAUGAUUUAAAAGAAGAAGGAAUGAUGGCUAAACUCAAUGAUCGAGGGCUUAUCUCAGGCAAGUGCAAUCCUUUCAAUCAUCUAGUUGAAGAGGCCACCCUUUUCCAAAAUCCAAUCUCCGGGAUUCGAAACAACUUUUUCAACCAAAACUUCGAUUUGUGGCGACUAUGUCUAUGUGGGAUUAUAUGCAUCUUCCUCCAUAUGAGGAUGGGGUUCCAUCUUUUAGCCUUGAAGAUGAAGAAGUAGUGUUUCUAAGGCAGAAGCAAAUUAUCUUGGGAAAUGAAGUUGAAAGACAAUGGAAGAUCAACCCGGCAUUUUUAAGCAUGAGCUAUUGCGAGAGACAAAAAGAAGUCCCAGAAGACUCAAUACGAGCAAAGAAAGAAUUAAUCCAAUAUUUCGUUACCAUCGUACCGGUUGAUGCAUCCGGCCUCCCACCCGUCAUACUUCCAGAGAGCACCUUAUGUAUGGCUGCUUUGUUGAAUGUUGGUUGGACAUAUGAGGCAGCGGGGAUGAUAUUUGAUUCUUGGAAAGAUAACUCCAAGCCUAGGAAAAUGAUGGCGUCUGAUCGGGAUCCCACUCUCAUCGACUAUGCAAUCUCCAUAGUCCAAAUGAGAAUGGACCAACUGACUAUUGAGAAGCAAGGAAAAGUCGAUGCAAGAAGUGAAAUGAGUAUUCUCGGGCUUUCAACCAAAUUCCAGGACGAUAUGCUAGAUCAAGACAGCAAUCUUCUCGGUGACUAUGUCCAUACGAUGGAUCUUUAUUUUUGGAUAAUAGAUGCAUUGGGAAAGCGAUAUAGGAACUUGGUAUUAAGAUUAAGAUAUCUGAAGAACUAUGCGGCAACGGGCAUGAAGGCGAUGAAUUGGUGACGGAAAGCAGUCCAAACACGAAACAAACUUAGACGGAAGAGGAAAUUGAAUGCCGCUGGGCUCUCUAGAUUUUCAGGUUAGAUUAAUGCCUUUGUACUCCUUGAAUACACAAAGUAGAUAGAUGAUGUUAA